AACGAUUCGAUGCUGCAAUCCAUUUCAGUGUGCUGCUCCUUGUGGUGUGCCCGCCUUUGCCACCAGGAGGCAUCAUGCAUUCAUGUAGACACAAUAUAAGGAAAAAAGACUUCUUCAACACCAUCCCAUGUACCCUUUUCGCAACAGUGCCGUUUCAUAUUUCUUGCUCAGGCAUGUGUCAUCGCCUAACCCCCUUUUCUCACAUUCGCACACACGUCCCCUUUAAAUAUUCAUGCAUUCAUACUCCUCUUGAAAUCCCUCCCCUUCUCAGGGCGCAUGACGCCUGUAAUCAAUAAGAAAAUAAUAUAGUCAUUCACAUGACGGGUACGCGAGGAUGAUGACACGUGAGAUGCUCCUCGGGAGAGAAAGGGAGAGGAGAACAAGUGUGUGUGUUCGAGAGACAGGGACACGCCCACUCCUCUUUAUUCCAAGCUGUCCCUUGCUUUCACUUCAGUCACUGAUGCUCGCCUCACAGGCACAGCAGAGUAGAUCUCAACAUUCAUUUAUAUUUGUUUGUGCGCACUACCGAAAAUGACGUUGAAUCAGCUUUGGUUGACCUGAAUAUCCCUUAAAAGGAUUUGAGAAAAUUUAACGACAAACUUCAGAGGAACACAUUGACACGUGGCGGCCAUUUUGCCUUUUGCCGUCGACUGACAAUGACAUCAAAGUGCCUGAGGGCUCAGCUUGCGAAUGUCACUUGACCAAAGCCAGAAAAGAGACGGCGGCGGUGACGUCCGAGUGGAGGUGCGUAUCGGGGGCCUACACCGAGGCCAUGUGCCCAGUUCCGCCACAGCGACCAUGGAGCAGACCUCGAACACAAGAAAACCCCCAGGAAGAGUUGUGGUGCCAUGGUUGUGUAGCAUCUUAUUCUUCUGCUCCCUCUGGAGCUCGGCCCGGUCGCAGUGUCCCGACGGCUGCCACUGCGCCUGGGACACGGCCACCGUGCUGUGCUCGGACGCCGGCCUCCAAGAGAUCCCCGUGGGGAUCCCGCCGGACACGGUGUCGCUGCACUUGGAGCGCAACAAUAUCCGAAGCCUCCCCGAGAGCGCUUUCGUGGAGCUGGCCCAUCUGCGGGACCUCUACCUGGCACACAACCGCAUCGACUCGCUGUCUUCGGGGGCCCUGCGCCGGCUGGGUCCUGAGUUGCGCCUUCUGGACCUGUCGCACAAUCAGCUGAGGCAGGCCAGCCGCGACGAGUUCGGGGGCACGCGGGCCAAGACGCGCCUGUACCACAACCCCUGGCACUGCGACUGUACGCUCCAAGAACUCAUGGAGGCGCUCAACCUGGAAGCCGAGACGGUCAACGGAAUCGUCUGCGAGAGCUCAGUGCGAGGGCUGGGUGAGGCCAGCCGUUGGGAGGACCCGGGCGUGUUGGGCGAGCACGCUGGUCAGCCUCUGGUCCGACUCCUGGACUCGGGCGUGAAUUUCUGCAGCUUGCAGCGCAAGACCACCGACGUGGCCAUGCUGGUCACCAUGUUCGUGUGGUUCUUCAUGGUCAUCGUGUACGUGGUUUACUACGUCAGGCAGAACCAGGCCGAGGCUCGCCGGCACCUGGAGUACCUGAAGAGCCUACCGAGUCCUCGUAAGACCCCCACGGAGACGGACACCCUGAGCACUGGCUUCUGAAUUUUUAACCCCUGUGACUACUGAAAUACUGUACGGCUUCUUGGUCAAGCAAAACGGUUAAUCUGUUUGCUUUUUUUAGCCAGAACAGUUUUUCUGUGAAACACACAUAGUUUGAUCACCCACGAUUGUGCCCUCCUGCAAAUUGCAAACAUCAGCGAAUGAUCAAAUACCCACUAAAAUGAUUUUGUAAUUGCAUCUAGAUGCCGCAAAUGGCGGCAAAGCCUUUAAAACCCAGACUGCAAUUCAGUUUAAAUGAUUAACUGUAGAAGCAACGGACAAAAAAAAAAAAGAAUCAGCAAAGGAUCACUACCAUGCCGCUAACAUGUCCACAAUUACAAAGCUGUUACAGAAACGACUAUUCAGUACAGUGGUGCCUUGAGGUGUGAAUCAAUUUUUUUUUGUCUUCAGACACGCUCAAAUUGCAGAUGUGAGUACACUUCACACCCCCACCGCUAGAUGGCGAGAGCACACUUCACAUCAUCAAGUCACCAGGGGGCAUUCAAAGUUCAAAGUAGUCAUGUAAAAUUACCCCCCCCCCCCCAAAAAAAGCAAAAGACAAUUCAAAACGAAUCACCUCACACACGAAAGAUGAACCUCGAUGUAGCGGCCGUUCCUUGUAUAGAAAAAUGUAUGAAUCUUUUUUUUUUACUCUCUUUGUGCUCCUCUUUCACUUGAUUUGAAACCACUAUGCCCUCUACUGCCCUCUUCAAUGUCUUAUUCAGUUCAAGUGACUCAGAUGAAAGGAGAGCGUCACCCUCGUCGUCAUCAUCUGGACUGUGCUUGUCAUUUGAUUGUGAUUGAUGCUUACAUGGACAUUUAUUAUUAUUAGUUGUAGGGGUUUUUUUUCCCUUCAGGGCACCGGACCAAGAAAACUGUUGAUUUUUCCUCAGGAGUAUCAUAACAUUUCAAAAAUGUAGGCCAGAGUUGGGCCUCGGUAGCUGUUAUUCUCUUUAAAAAAAAGUUCAAAAUAUGAUAAUUAUAAUAUUAUUAUUAUAUCGUAGCUGUCCUGUGAAAAUCAAGUAUGUCCAUUUUUGUCAUUUGUAAAAUGUUUACAUUUAUGGGGUGUCCAAUAUGUAUACUAUGAUUUAAAGUCAUUGGAAACGUGACAUUGCCAAAUUAAAGUUGUUCGGGGAAAAAAAAGUCUGCCUCUGAGAAUGUUGUGUUCAGGCUGACAUGGAAAUGUCCCCAAUCGCUUCAAAUUCUCAAGUUCUUUUUUUUUGUUCCAACUUUUUUCUCAUCGGAUUACAACUUCAGUCUUAGAGUAUCAUAUACUGCAUUUAUUUUCUAGGUUUCAGAGUUGAAAUCCUCUUUUCUUAUUUCUUGACCAUGCAACACCAACACAACAUUCUGUUGGUCGCAAAUUCAAAUUUCUCUCAAGUGCCUGCUUGCCUUUUUUUCAGAAUAACUAAUAAUCAAACACAUUUAUAAAACUGUUUUUCAGUGUGCCUCUUUGUAUGAAUGUAUUUUUCUCACGUCUUGUGUCUUUUGUGUGACAUAAUAAUGUUUGUACUUUCUAUUGUCAAAACCAAAUCAAAAUGUUGCUUAAUGUGAUCUGUAUGACAUACUCCGUUAUAUGACUUCAAUAGUUGCGUGAUUUUUUAAAAAUGUUAUUUUCAUUCGAUGCGAAAAAUUUGUUUCUUAUUGUUAUGUGAGCUUCAUAAUAAAUGUGUACGUGGAAAA